CGGUCCAGCCUCGCGCCCACGCUGUGAGACGGAGCAGUUCAAAGCUUCCUUCCUGUCUGUUCCUAAAUAACUGUCCGCUCUGCUGCUGCUGGACGGAGAUGACAGAGCAGCUGUAGCUCCACAGUCUGCAGACCAUUAUCAGACCACCCAGCAGAGACCAUGAAGACCAUCCUGGCUGCCUACUCUGGAGUCCUUAAAGGCACGGGCUCCAGCAUCCUGUCCUCCCUGCAGGACGUGCCGUCAGCGCUGUGGCCCUGCAGCUCCAAGAUGGAAAAGCAUCUGCAGGUCAUCUCUGUGCUGCAGUGGGUCGUCUCCUUCUUAGCCAUGGGUAUUGCCUGCACCCUGCUGUUGAUCUAUAUGUUCUGCACAGAUUGCUGGUUGAUUGCUGCCCUUUACACCGCCUGGCUAAUUGUUGACUGGAACACCCCGAAACAAGGUGGUAGGAGGUCUUCAUGGGUAAGAAACUGGACAGUAUGGACAUAUUUCCGAGACUAUUUCCCCAUCCGGCUCAUCAAAACCCAUGAUCUGCUUCCCAGCCGGAACUACAUACUGGGCUACCAUCCCCACGGUAUCUUCUGCUUUGGGGCUUUCUGCAACUUUGGUACAGAGGCUACGGGAUUCUCUAAGAAAUUCCCGGGGAUCAAACCCUCCCUGGCAACCCUGGCAGGAAACUUCCGCCUGCCUGUCCUUCGGGACUACCUGAUGUCUGGAGGUAUCUGCCCAGUGAACAGGCACUCCAUCGACUACCUGCUGUCCUGCAACGGGACGGGAAACGCUGUAGUGAUUGUAGUCGGAGGAGCAGCGGAGUCUCUGCACUGUGCACCGGGCAUGAAUUCUGUCACCCUAAAGAACCGCAAAGGCUUUGUAAGGCUGGCCCUGCAGAAAGGGUCCGACCUGGUUCCAGUGUAUUCUUUCGGAGAGAAUGACGCCUACAGGCAGGUGAUCUUUGAGGAGGGGACCUGCUGGAGAGCCCUGCAGAAGCGUUUGCAGAAGAUCUUGGGUUUUGCCCCUUGCCUUUUCUACGGCAGCGCCUGGGGAAUCGUGCCUUUUGGAAAUCCUAUCACAACCAUAGUGGGGGAGCCAAUAACAGUGCCUAAAAUUGAGGACCCGACAGAUGAGAUGGUGGAUCUGUACCAUGGAAUGUACAUCAGGUCGCUCCAGUGCCUUUUUGACAAGUACAAAACCCGCUUUGGCCUGAAGGAGAGCGACAUCCUGCACAUCCAGUGAGAGGACCAGGAGCAGAGCUUCUCUCCUCCCGCUGCCUCAGCCGUCCGGUUUACCUCUGGAGCAUGAAAUCACACACCUGUAGACGUCUGCUAAAGAAAUCUCCGUCCACCGCAGUGUUCUCAAUGUGUGCUCAAAACAGCUGUCGCUGGAGCUCAGGAAAAGACUGGCUUAAAGGAUGGUUGCCUCACUGCAGAAAUGUGUUUUUUUUUGUUUAUUUUUUGGACAAAGUUACACCAAACACCACAUCAAAAGCUGUGCCUCUUCUGGUUUAUUCAUGUUUCUAAGACGCCUGUACUGUCCCAUUCAGGCAGAGGGGGGUAAGCUCCACUAGAUGGAGCUGGAAAAUCAACUUUAAACACACAAACGAUGCAAGUGGCAAGCACCACUUUAAUAAUGUUUAAUAAGCCUAAAGUUAAUUGAGCCAAAGGUUUGUUUCGUCCCACCUGCUGAUUUCUGUGGAUUGUACACAGACGGUGUACAUUUUCUACAGGCUGGAUGAACUUUACCCAUGUGCCUGUAACUGAUGAUGCCAUAAAGUAUUAAUUGUAUUCCUUUAAGGUGAUUAAGCCCGUUUGGUUGAUCCCCUCUAGAGUAUUUCUCAUGCACUUUUAUAAGCGAUUAAGCUCUGAAGCUUGUCUUAACAGUCGGCUUUAAUUUCAUUUUUGAGAAGAUCUAUCUGCUGCUUACGGCUUCAUUCUAGCUGGACGCCUGUUAUCUAUGCCGUACAAACUGAUCAUUCCUCUGUCUUCACACCUUUAUUUGAAAAGUUUUGAGGUUUAACAGGUGGAUUGGGUUUGUUGGUGCCAAAAAACCUAAUGGGUUCCAGAAAGUGAUGUAGUUUGAUCAGUCAACAUUGAUUCUUUGUGUUAAAGGGAUUCAGGCCUUUGGAAGGAGGUUCUGUUAAAGGAAGGAGUCAAUAACUCACCUGCUGUAUGGAAGGAAUAUUGGUCCAUUAUUGUUGGAAACAGAGAACAUGUUUUGUUGAUGGAAAUAAAAUUUUAAAAAUGAUUUAUAUCAAAAAGAAAUUGCAAUCCAGAAAUGAAACCGAAAAACUUCUUAAUCAAAAGAAAGUUUGAAGAUUAACCCAACUGU